CCUGUGUUGUCUAUCUUUCUCGUAGCUUUCUCUCUAAUUUCCCUUGGUCGCCUGCUCCACUUACCGUUCACGACGUUGCGAUGCGCAUCCUCCUUUUCUCAUUCCUCGCUUCAUGCCUCGCAGUUUGGGCCGCACCAGACAUGCAAAGCUCUCCUUCUGAAGUCUUCGUUCGCAGCCUUCGGAGACGUGCAUCAGGCGAACACGUACUGACACUGGAAGGGGAGAAGUUGAAAGUACGGCUGAACGACCGACAAGGCGUGCACGGCUCCGUAUACAAGGUUGUCGGUGGCGACUAUAAGGGUGCCUAUGCGAAGACAUGGAUUACCGACCAAGAGGCCGAGGCCACGGGUGCUGCGGGGGAGCUUCUGAAGAGCGGAACGGACAGAUAUGGCCAGAAGUGGAUCGUCGUGAAGGCGUCGCCAGGCAUGCAGCUCGACCAGACGUCGGCCUUCCGGCGUGUGCGGCACGACCCGCAGCAAUGCUGGGCAUUGCUGAAUCACGCCAUCGACAUCGCUGCGAGAAAGAUCCUGGAUACGUAUACGCGGACUCACUGGCUUCACCAGGACCCGACGGUGGCGAACGUAUUGUUCGAUGACCAUGUCUCCCAAGCGUACCUCAUAGAUUGGGGAUGUGCGUCGAAGCCGCCAUCCGUGGUCAGGGCUUAUAUUGCGUACGCGAUCUCGCACUCCGGUUUAUGCGGCGCGCCGCCUGCGAUGGUGCACAUGCCUGUCAUGGUGAUGAACUUGUACCACUGCCCCGCACCACCUGCAGGAUUUUGGUUGAUUCAUCACCCUCCGCAGUGGUGAGAAGAGCUCGCGUAGGACGGGCGAGGAGAUUUUUGGUAGCACAUCCAAUAAAUGAUACCAGUCAAAUUCUGACUGUGCGUUUUCAUUUGUAUGACAUUGUACGUGCCGCGUGCACUUGCUCAGUGCUCAAGUACAGUAUUCGAGGAGUAGGAUGUCCGGAGCGACGAAGAGCGUAGGAAGAUGUACUAAGUAGACGGAGGCGCC